AUGGGAGCCCCCGAGAUCGAAAAGGUCGUGCCUGGCGACUCCGUUCGGAGCAAGUCGCCGACUUCUGUCGACAAGAUAGAAACGCAACCAGCCGUGGCCGAGCUUGUCCAAGAGCAACCAAAGCUUACAUGGAGGUCAUAUAUCUGGGACACGUUGGAUAAGUCCCCGGAAGAACGCAAGUUCAUGUUCAAGUUAGAUGCCGUCAUCCUGACUUUUGCGAGUUUGGGUUACUUCAUCAAGAAUCUUGACCAAAUCAACAUCAACAAUGCCUUCGUAUCAGGCAUGAAAGAGGACAUGCAGCUCUUCGGCAACGAACUGAACUACAUGCAAACCUGUUGGACAGUCGGAUACGUCCUUGGAGAGAUUCCGAGCAACAUCCUUCUCACUCGCGUCCGGCCUUCGAUCUGGAUCCCUGCAUGUGAAUGCACUUGGGCUGUGCUCACCAUCUUGAUGAUCAAGUGCACCAAUGUCAACCAGUUAUACGUCCUCCGUUUCUUCAUCGGUCUCGCUGAGAGCACAUUCUACCCGGGCAUGCAGUACAUUAUCGGGUGCUGGUACCGAAAGGACGAGCUCGCCAAGCGAUCGUGCCUCUUCCACUCGAGUGGAUCCAUCGGCUCCAUGUUCUCAGGCUACCUCAUGGCGGCUGUCUAUAAGCUAGACGGAGUACACGGAUGGAAGGGGUGGCAGUGGCUUUUCAUUGUCGACACCAUCAUCUCACUGCCGAUCGCAAUCGCGGGAUUCUUCUUCCUCCCCGAUGUUCCUGAGAUCACUAAGGCGUGGUGGCUCAACAAAGACGACGUUGCGCUUGCGCAGAAGCGAAUGCAGAUCGAGGGGCGCGCUAACCGACAACCGUACACAAAGUCCAAGGUCAAGAAGAUCCUCACGAGCUGGCACAUUUGGGCAUUGACGCUGCUCUACAUCUUCUUCAACAACGGUUCCGGUAUCAUGAGCCAGCCCGCGUUCCAGAUCUGGCUCAAGGGGCAGGGUUACAGUGUCAAACAAUACAACACCUACCCAACCAUCACAUCCGCUAUCACCGUGGUAACUACAUGGAUCUAUGCCUGGUCCUCAGAUUCCGUGUUCAAGGGAGAGAGGUGGCCCCCGAUUGUCUUCUCUGGCGUCCUGAAUGUUGUUAUCUACUCAAACCUGGCGGCGUGGAACAUCCCAAACGCGUGGAAAUGGGGCUGCUUCCUGCUCACCGGGUUCGGCGGCGGGAUCAGUGGGCUGACGUUUGCCUGGGCCCACGAGAUUUGCAAGGAUGACAACGAGGAGAGGGCUGUCGUAACCGGUACGAUGAACCAGAUGGCCUAUGUAUUCCAGGCAUGGUUGCCACUUCUCAUUUGGCAGCAGGUCGAGGCACCUCGAUACCCUAAGGGGUACAUCACAAUGGUCUUCUUUGCCGCAGGCAUGGCAAGCACGGCUUUGCUGAUCAAAUACCUGCAUCGUCGCGAACUGGGAAAGAAGACGCAGAGGGUUUCUGCUUGA